ACAUGUUUAUUUCCUGAAAUGAUUAUUUACUACGCAGUUUAAUAAACUUUCGUGUUCACAAUGACCCUUGAGAGGCGAGGUGAGGCGUCAUCGGCCGCCGCGCCGAGUGAACGUAAGGUUGUGGCUAAGGCGAUAAAUAUGGCGUGGUUCCACGGCAAAAUUACACGUGAAGUUGCGGAGAAAAUACUGACGCCGCGUAAAGACGGACUAUUUCUCGUACGCGAGAGCACAAACUUUCCGGGUGAUUUCACGCUGUGCGUGUGCUUCGAGAAUAGAGUGGAACAUUAUAGAAUUAUUUUAAAGGACGAUAAAAUUACGAUUGACGAAGAAGAAUAUUUUGAAACUCUUACAAGCUUGAUUCAACAUUAUCAGGCUGAUGCAGAUGGACUUUGCACAGUUCUGGGUGAUGCUCUGCCACGCGAGGGGGGCGUUCCCACCACCCCUGGGAGGGAGGGGAGUGUGCCUGCGCCCCCCAGAGCUGAAGCCCCUCCUCCUAUAUUUAUUGAUAAAUCUAUAUUUGAGCAGGCUGGAUGGGUUAUUAACAGAGAAGAUAUAACGUUGCAAGAGAAGAUCGGGAAGGGUGAGUUUGGAGAUGUAAGAUUGGGAGUGUACAAUGGAAACAAGGUAGCUGUAAAGGAGUUGAUAAAGGAUACUGCUGCAGCAGCGCAGAAGGUGCUUACCGAAGCUAAAGUCAUGACAGCCUUGAAACACGAGAACUUGGUUCGACUGCUGGGUCUAGUGAUUGAUGAUAAGUCUGGUUGGAGCAAAAUCUAUCUUGUCACAGAGUUCAUGGGAAGAGGUUCCCUGCUGGAGUACUUACGGUCACGAGGUCGACAAUAUGUAACAAAGAAAGAUCAAAUUGGAUUUGCAUAUGAUACCUGCUGUGGAAUGGCCUACCUUGAGUCCCAGCAUGUUGUGCAUCGUGACCUCGCAGCUCGUAAUGUUCUUCUCUCCGACGAAGGCCAGGCCAAGGUGGCCGAUUUUGGCCUUGCGUCCACCGACGGUGUCACCAUUGAUAGCGGCAAACUUCCUAUUAAAUGGACAGCACCAGAAGCCCUUCGACUAUCGCAGUUUUCCAAUAAAUCUGAUAUGUGGAGUUUUGGUGUUCUACUUUGGGAGAUUUACUCGUUUGGUCGGGUCCCGUAUCCGCGUAUUCCACUGGGGGAUGUGGUUAAACAUGUGGAGAAGGGAUACAAGAUGGAAGCUCCUGAAGGAUGUCCCCAGCAGGUUUACACUAUUAUGAAGGAGGCCUGGGAUUUGGACCCUAGCCUACGUCCAACAUUCCAUCAAGCACAAGAAAAUCUCAACGUUUUCAGAACCCAGAACCCUCAAUAACAUGUUCUUCGACUCUACUCUACAACCCUCAAUAACAUGUUCUUCGACUCUACUCUACAACCCUCAAUAACAUGUUCUUCGACUCUACUCUACAACCCUCAAUAACAUACUCUUCGGCUCUACUCUAUAACCCUCAAUAAUUUGUAGAUUCUAAGAGUCUUAGACUUUACUCUAAAGUCGGCAUUCUUAAACCCUCAAUAACAUGUAGAGUCUUAACCUCUACAGUCUACAAUCUACAGUUUCCUCUAUUAUUUGUGAAUUUUGCGACCCUCAAUAAUUCGAGCAUUUUUUUAACCGAGAAACAUAAAACUCGAGGGUUCU